AUCAGCUGAUGUCAGUGUAAACAGAAAACAAGACAGAGGUGUGUGUAUGUGUGUGUGUGUGUGUGUGUGUGACAGAGAGACAGGGACAGCUAUAUUUUAUCAUCGGUCAUCUCGGCCUCGGUUGAAGACGAUAACCGGGGGAUGUGUGAGUGACGGCGGGAUGUGCCGGACGAUGCGCGCCGCGCUGUAGUAGCGGCAGGAAACGACUCCGAGGGGCUUAAACUUCACGUGCAGCUCCACAGAGGGCCUGCGUGAGAACAGCUGUCUGAACAACCUGGAUUAGACUUCUCAGGGCUGGAAGAGCUGGAGCAACUCUUGUGACUUUUUCCUCAUGUGUCCUAAACAAUGAGAGAUGAUGACUCAUGAAGAAAUGUAACCCGAGACAACUUCCCCAGGCCAAACUCUGGAGAUUUAAAGAGUCACUUCAAAGGGGUCCAUGGAGGAGCUGGAGCCAGAGGAGCAGUUCCUGCUAUUCGCCCGGAACGGGGAUCUGCCAGGCAUUCAGAGGCUCCUCGUGUCCAAGAUAAAGGAAGAGAUGCACAUCAACAUAAACUGCAGAGGUAAGAGGAAAUUUAACCUGGGAUGGACGCCUCUUCACUUGGCCUGUUACUUUGGACACAAAGAUGUGGUGGAGGAAUUACUAAAAGCCGGGGCGGAUGUUAACUUGCCCAAUAAUGUUGGAGACACACCGCUGCACAAAGCUGCCUUCACAGGAAGAAAGGAGGUUGUCAUGCUGCUGCUGCACUAUGAUGCAUGUGCUACUGUCAUCAAUGGGACAGCACAGAUUCCCAAAGAUGUCACUCAAAAUGCCGAGAUCAGAAGCAUGUUAGAAGCGGCCGAGAGAACGGAGGAGAGGAAACUGGAGGAGGAACUUUUGGAAGCUGCACGAGAAGGAGACAUGUCAACUCUUACUCAGCUGCUCAGCAGGAAGAAGACCCCAGACAUCAACUGCACAGACCUGCUGGGUAACACUCCGCUGCACUCGGCAGCCUAUCGAGGCCAGAAGCAGUGUGCCCUGAAGCUGCUCAAAAGUGGAGCCAGCCCCAACAUCAAGAACAAGAAAGGCCAGACAGUGUUUGACCUGGCUAGUGAUACAGCAAUCAAACUGAUCCUCGAGGGCAACGUUCAUCGAGGUAUGACCCGCCAUGUCAAGAAGUACGAGGGACUCCUCUGGAAGAGCUCCAGAUUUUUUGGCUGGCGCUCCUACUGGGUCGUCGUUCAAGAUGGGGUUUUAUCCUGGUACUCCAAACAGUCAGACGCAGAUGCCAAUGUCAGAAGACAAAGUUGCAAGUCCCUCACAAAUGCUCAGUGUUUGGUCCGAGCCAAAGACAGCUGCUUUUUUACCAUCAAGUGCUUCGAUGACAGCGUGCAUCACUUCAAAGUAUCACCUAAAAACGACCCAGAGGCAACGAGAAAAGCAUGGCUGGACGCACUGGAAGAGCACUCAGCUUACAGCACACACUACUGCUCCCAAGAGCAGGGCAGCGAGAAGGACGAGGAGGAGGAGGAAGGGAUUUCACUCGGGGAGCUAACCGACUCGCUACAGGCAGCCGAGGCCAGCCAGAGGAAACUGGAGGAGGGAGUGGAAGCUUUCCUGUCCAUGCUGAAAAAUGACGGGCUGGCAGAAAGGUUUCCCUCCGCCCUGCCGCAGAAAUUGCAAGAAAUCUGUGAGUUGUCCAGGGAGACCAGUUCCAGUCUCAGUGUCUGUCUCAGCCUCCUCUCCAGACAGGAAGGGGUGCGCAGUCUGAAAUUGGAGCAAGAGGUCGAGAAGAAUAAGAUCCUCUCCGAAGCGCUGCAGACUCUCGCCACAGAGCACCACGAACUUGAGCAAUCCGUCGUCAAGGGAUCCUCGCCGCGGAGUGCCCUCAGCGAGGAUGAGUUCCACGACGCCGUGUCUGAAUCGGACUCGGAGAUCUCCCUGAGCGGCUUUGAGACGGUGGCCAGCCAUUCCUUUGACGAGGACGAAGGCUCUGUCAUGUUAUUAAGCAGCCCUUGCAGCAGCCCCACCGGCAUGUUCCAGGAGGAUCACCAUGGUGACAAGGACGAGACUCAACCCAACGGGAUCACAAAGCAUAGGACCAGGUUACCUGCACCAAUGUUUUCAAGAAAUGACUUCAGUAUUUGGAGUAUCCUGAGGAACUGCAUUGGAAUGGAACUCUCCAAGAUCACAAUGCCAGUGAUUUUCAACGAACCGCUCAGCUUCCUGCAGCGUCUGACAGAGUACAUGGAGCACACUUAUCUCAUCCACCAGGCCAACUCCUUCUCAGACUCUGUUGAGAGAAUGAAGUGUGUGGCUGCGUUUGCGGUGUCCGCUGUGGCCUCCCAGUGGGAGCGGACUGGUAAACCGUUCAACCCUCUGCUGGGAGAAACCUAUGAACUGGUCAGAGAGGAUCUGGGCUUCAGGCUCAUAUCGGAGCAGGUGAGCCACCACCCUCCAGUCAGCGCCUUCCACGCCGAGGGCCUGAAGCAAGACUUUGUGUUUCAUGGAUCCAUCUACCCCAAACUCAAGUUCUGGGGCAAGAGUGUGGAAGCGGAGCCGAAAGGCAUCAUCACGCUGGAGCUGCCCAAGUACAAUGAAGCCUACACAUGGACAAAUCCUACAUGUUGCGUUCACAACAUCAUCGUGGGCCAGCUGUGGAUCGAGCAGUAUGGAAAUGUGGAGGUGAUCAACCACAGAACUGGUGAAAAGUGCUGUCUGAAUUUCAAACCGUGUGGUCUUUUUGGCAAAGAACUGCACAAGGUUGAAGGUUAUAUUCUGGAUAAAAGCAAAAAGAAGCUGUGUGCUCUAUACGGGAAGUGGACCGAGUGUGUGUAUGUUGUUGACCCUGCCGCCUUUGAAGCGCAUAAGAAAAGCGACAAGAAAGGGGCAGGCGAGAAAAAAGGCAGCCAAGCGGGUUGCAGCGGGGAUCAGGAGGAGGUUCCUUCUCCAGCUGCAGACACUGUGGAGAUGAUUCCUGGCAGCCAGCUGCUGUGGAGAAUUGCACCCCGACCGGCUAACUCCGCUGAGAUGUACAGCUUCACGUCCUUUGCAAUGCAACUGAACGAGCUGCGUAAAGAAAUGGAGGGAGCCAUCCCUCAGACUGACUGCAGGCUGAGGCCAGACAUACGGGCCAUGGAGAACGGUGACAUCGACCUCGCCAGUGAGGAGAAGAAAAGGCUCGAGGAAAAGCAAAGAGCUGCUCGUAAAAACCGCUCCAAAUCUGAUGAAGAGUGGAAGACGAGGAGCGCUGCCCUGGGCCCAAGGUGGUUUCAGCAGGGGCAAAACCCUCACACCAGCACCCAGGACUGGCUCUUUUGUAGUGGAUACUGGGACAGGAAAUACAGCCAGCUGCCAGACAUUUACUAAUGGACAUUUUCCUGCACAGAGAAAUGAGCACCAUACAGUGUCCUUUGUACGGAGCAGCAUUACCUUUUUUUUCUUUUAAAUGAAAUCCCUACAUUAACUACAAUAUGCAAAUAGCGUAUUUAAACUGUGUGGCCUUAAUCUACAUUAUGAUGGUAAAAUUGAGAAUAUACAAAUGUCAAUAAUCAAUAUUUAAAAGGUAGGAAAUGUAAAGUUGUUUGACAAUGCUUAGAAAUGUUGCAUUUGUAUUCACAUUGAGACCGGUUUGUUUCUGUUGAUAAUAGACUUUUAGCACGCACAGCGGAGAGGUGCUGAUGCACAGGGCUUCAUGGUUUUAGUGUCCAUCUGUCUCCUUUUAAAUGUUCAUAAUAGUGUUUUGACUCUAAAUGUUUAUCUGUAUAUAUACUUUACACAAAUUCAACGAUCAGUGACCUCAUCAAGUCGUUCACAUUCCCUCUUGACUCCAUACUUACAAAAUCACUAGCAGUCAGUACAUAUUAGGGUUGAUAUGGAUGUUGUUCCUCUUGAUGUAUUUUGCCUUGUAAAAAAAAAAGAAGUGAGUUUUGUCUUGUCCACUGAAUUCUGUGUCUGCUGAACUCCAAACACACAAGAAUUGACUUCUGUGAAGAGGUUUAUUACUAUGUUUGUGUAUCAUACAACCUGGGGGUUAUAAAGUGACAUGGUGUAGAAACUGGUGGAUUUUCAGGAGUUUUGCCUCCAUAUAGAGCAUCGAAAGUGUUUUAUUGGAAACUGAAAUAUACAAAGUAAAACACUCCAACGUAUUCAUGUAUGUUUUACUAUUUACUGUAUGUGAAGUAUGCUUGGGAUGCAAGACUAAGUCUGAAAAUAUAGUGUAAUCUGAAUUAAUAGUCUCUGUAACAAAGGCCUGGAACGAGUGGGCCCUUUUUUAUUAAAAGAUAUGGACUUGGCAGUGGAGUUAGCAGAGCUCUCAUAAACGACAUAUAAAAAUA